CUGGAAAGCUAGCUAAGUCUUCCCUUUGUGGCAGCCUUUUAGGAUAGUAAACUAAAAGGGUUCUCGCUUACCGUGCUUCGUUUCUUCCUUUCCAGCUGCAAAAAGCCUCCCCGAGCACCAAAUGCACACUAAUCCCCUUUCAAAGGAAAAGCAAACAAUCAAUCAUCUUCUUCUAUCAUAAAGAAAGGCCUGUUAAGCCGACCUUCGAUUCCUUCCUCCGUCGCAGGAAUCCUUUUCUCUCUUGUCGCCCGAAUAAAGAAUUCCACAGAAUUCCUGCCUGCAAAUGCUCUUGUUCUCUCCCGUUCCACAUCUUUCUUUCUCGGCAAUUGUUUAUUUUUCUGCCUGAUUGCUUGCGUAAGCUAAUUAGGAAAGCCGAAGAAGCAGAAACAAACAGCAAAAGAAACAUCUUUUCGACCACCCGAAGAACGACUGUUUCAGCGAACUAAAGGAGGAGGAAAGCAACCAAAAGACGUCAUUUUGGACUCGUUAUUAGAUCGGGAAGAGGCUGCCGAUUUUGGAGAGGUGGGUUUGGUCUGUAAUUUGGUUUAGGGGGGUUUAUACUGGAGGUGGAUGGUUGCAAUUUGAUCGGGGGCAACUUUGAAUUGGUGGUGCGCCCCCGCCCAAUUCUCUUGCAUCUAUGGAGAGAUUGUGCUGUUUCAGUUCUUACUCUCAGAUUGUAGGAGGGCGUUCUUCAUCUAGCUCAGGUAGAGGAAAGAACCACGAUGGUCUAGUUAAGUAUGGUUUCAGCCUGGUAAAAGGGAAAGCGAACCAUCCCAUGGAAGAUUAUCAUGUUGCUAAGUUUGUUCAGAUUGAAGGGCAUGAGUUAGGGCUCUUUGCUAUUUAUGAUGGUCAUUUGGGAGAUGGUGUACCUUCAUACUUACAGAAAAAUUUGUUCCCGAAUAUCCUAAAGGAGGAAGAGUUCUGGGCUUUUCCUGACAGGUCUAUCUCUAAAGCAUAUGAAAGUACAGACCAAUAUAUACUCUCCCAAGGUUCAGGCUUGGGGAGAGGAGGGUCUACAGCUGUUACUGCAAUUUUGAUAAAUGGCCAAAGGUUGUUGGUAGCUAAUGUUGGGGACUCGAGAGCAGUCCUUUCAAGAGGAGGUCAAGCAGUACAAAUGAGUAUAGAUCAUGAACCUAAUACCGAAAGAGACAGCAUUGAGGACAGAGGUGGCUUUGUCUCGAACAUGCCAGGUCUUUUCACAUGUGCCUUUAUAUCAAUACCUCGUUGAACUAAUCAUUUUUAAUUGAACUUACUGAACAUUAUCAAAUGAUUUAUGACCUUUUAUUCUAUUGUAUCAACUCCAGUCUGCUUAGUGUCUAGAGACUGGAAUGGGUUUAUGUAACCCAGAGAAGUGGACAAGUAUAUGGACUUGUCAGUAAUGCUGUUAUUUAGUUCUGUAUGCAAUGGAUCUGAUCUAGACUGAAACAAGGCAACCAAAUUCUGAGGUUGCCCCGGUCUUGAAGAUAAUUUGAACCUGGCCCCCUGAGUUAUCAACUCUAGUUAUUGCUUCUUCUCCUUCACUCAUAAUGACACCAUAAGCCGUAUAUUUUUAAGUUAUAUCCUGCAAAUGAAAUCUCAGGCUUCUCUUUAAAGUUCUGUGUUUGGGUUAUAAAGAACUAUGUCUCCCCAUGAAUGACGACAUCUGUAAACUGGAAUGAUAAAUGGUGGCUCAUGCCCCAUUUUUUUCCGGCAAGUGGUGAAAAAAUGCAAGUAUACCUUUUUUCUACACUGUUAUAAGGUUGAGCUGCUCUCGAAAGACAUAGAUUCUUCAGUGACUUGUAUGAUCAAAGGGAUCUUUAGUCACAUCUGCCAACUGCUGUUUCUCAGUGUUGGAACUUGAAUUGUUCUUACCCUGGUGUCUGAGGGCACUAAUCUGGAGACGGUUAAAGCAAAAACUUAAUUGGCCUUCAACUUGCACAAUAAGCUUCUUCUUCUUUUGGGUACGUUUUCAGGAGAUGUUCCGAGGGUCAACGGACAGCUGGCAGUUUCUCGCGCUUUUGGAGACAAAAGCCUCAAGUCGCAUCUGAGGUCAGAUCCAGAUGUCCGAGAAUCCAGCAUAGACAACAGCACAGAUAUUCUUAUCCUUGCCAGUGAUGGCCUCUGGAAGGUUAUGUCUAAUCAAGAGGCUGUUGAUAUGGCAAGAAAGAUUAAAGACCCACAUAAAGCAGCAAAACAGCUGACAACUGAGGCCCUGGAAAGAGACAGCAAGGACGACAUAUCUUGUGUCGUCGUUAGAUUUAUAGGGUGAAGUUUACCUUAACAAAAGCGAAUCAAUUAUCUUCCAGGUAUCAUCUGCAAUACUUCAUAAUUACUGAAGUGACUCUCUUCUUCACACGAAUUUCCAAAUCACAAGCUUUUCUUAUGUAUUCCGUUGGUUUUGGUUGGCGGAAAAUGGGUUUUCUCUGUAAAUUUCCACCUUGUAUUCAUACUUAGGUUGGUUCCUGGUGGCUUUGCUAUUGUUUGAUUUCUUUUUUACAUUGAAUUUGGGGGUGAGAGAGGAGAUUAUAGUGUAUAUUGUCUUUUGUUAAGGCAGCAAAAUCAUUCCUGUUUCAUUGUCGAUUCAACCAAGAAUUUCUUAUGGGUUUGGCUUGCAAGUGGAGAUGAACAGUAUGUUAUGAGCAGCAAGUUGUUCUGAUCAUGUGAUUACAGUCCACAUCCUGAUUUGGAUUGAUCUUGUCCCAUAGGUAAAUUGUUGAUGCUUUCUCUUGUC